AACGUCAGUUAGUUGGUCGAAGGUGGUGUCUCGGAACGGUUGUGAUUUUAUCAAAAGUCGAAACGAAAAAUUGCCAUCCAGUUCCGAUUGUGAUGAGAAGUGUAUCAUCACCUUUAUUGGUCCAAUCAAUUACCGAUCUGCAGCAUCUUUGGUUUUUUUUUAUUUCUGUCGAUACGAAACGUGAUCGCGGCAUCAGCCUCGGAGGCGUCACUACUAGUUUGACUGUCAAACAAGCAGACAAUCUCUUCUUGGGACGGAUUCACAAUAUUGGACAAUUCAAUUAACACCUAUUAAAAAACUAAGCAUCAACAAAGGAAGGAAGCUGCCAAUCUGAGCAAAAUGGCAUCCCAAUCGACAAAAUUCUCCUACGCCCGCCUAAACCAAGAUGAGUCGUAUCAAAAGUCAGCAUUCAUUCGAAUCCUUCUCCUGUUGGUGGCAAUCUUUUUCCUCUUCUUUUGUGCCAUGGGCUUUGCCAGCAGCCAAUAUCCAACUGUCACGCUCAACGACAAAAUCAGCACGUUUCAGGAACCACCCAAAGAUCACCUCCAAGCACUGAAAUACCUUUUGAAUUGUCCAUCUACAGAUGCCGGCUUCCGGAUUUAUCAAAAGGGUAAAUUCUGGGUGCUGGAAAACUUCCUCAACCCUCUGUUUUGGAGAAACGUAGGUCGAAGGCCUGUAGAAUGUUACGAGACCGUUACCUACACAACCCACGGGGACUUCCGGUUUCUGGAUAAUGUCGUGCCGCUGCUUGAACGAUGGAAGGCACCGCUUAGUGUGGCACUCUAUGGACCGGGGAAGGAGUUUGCCUUUGCUAUCGAUGCCCUGCUGGAGUUGUACCACUGCCACCCACAGUCCUAUCUAGUGGAGGAGUUUGCAUCGUUUCAUCUGUACUUUGACUUCGACCAGAUGCCAGAAAAAGAGAUUAGCUUUUACCGCAGAAAGUUCCUCAACCGUCAGUAUGAUUGCGAAACGACCAGCAACAGCAGCCAAGACGACAAACUCCCUUCAAAAAGAUCCCCAAAUCAUCUCUAUCCAGUCAACGUAGGACGAAACAUUGCUCGAGCCGCGGCCCAAACCCAUUUUGUGUUGGCGAGUGACAUCGAGCUGUACCCAAAUCCAGGUUUCGUAGAUUCCUUCCUAAAAAUGGUGGCCCAUCCGGCCUAUCGAUACACCCUGGAGGAGCCCAACGUGUAUGUGCUGCCGGUUUUCGAGAUCCAAGAGCAUCUGCCGAUUCCGGAGGACAAACUCGGACUGCUGCAGAUGCUGCAACGAGGUGAGGCCAUCAAGUUUCAUGAGAAGAUUUGUGCCUCCUGUCAUACGGUGCCGAGUUAUCGGGAGUGGCUCGAGUUGGCAAAGGAGGAUCGAACGAUGGAUAUUCUGGUGACUGCCCAACGGGUGGGAGACUUUGGCUGGUGGGAACCGAUCUACGUUGGAAGUAAAAGGGAGCCACCGUACGAUGAGCGACUCAGUUGGGAGGGAAAGUUCGACAAAAUGACGCAGGGCUACAUCAUGUGCCUGCUCGGAUACAACUUCCACGUUCUGGAUAACGGAUUUCUGGUGCACAAACCCGGCAUCAAAAGUCAGGCUGAUGCCGCGAGACCGGCCAUGGAAGCCAAGCAGCGGGCCUUCGUCGAGGAAACGAUCCGGAACGAACUGAACGUUCUCUAUGGCAUCAACGAUCGAUGCAGGUUGUGAUCCCUACACGCACCGACCUGUGAAAUCCCAUAGUUGAGAAUGCCGUUCCAAAUGAUCCAUCCCGAAUUGUCAAGUUUUGUAGUCCUGCCACGAGCUCAUCGGGACUUUCUUCGGGCUCGAAGCGACCUUCAGCUUCUGAAAGUAUCG